GACGGCCUCACCGACAAAAUGAGAGCACUGAGCUCGUUACUGCUGCUCGCAGCGGCGCCUCUUGCUCUCGCAGUAAAGCUCGAAGACUUCAAAACAUGCGACAAGGCCGCCUUCUGUCGACGUGGAAAGGCGAUCGCUCAACGCGCCGGCGAGAACCCAGACUGGAAGUCGCCGUAUUCAGUCGACCCCAGCUCUCUCGCCAUCUCCUCCGACCAGACCUCAUUCACCGCUGCCGUCAAAUCCUCGCUCUACCCUGAAAUCAACUUUGGACUGGAUGUUCGCGUGCACAAGGAUGGUGUGGUGCGCGUUCGCAUGGACGAGGUCAACGGCAAGGGCAAGCGUUACGACGAGGCUGCGUCCUGGGCACUGGUAGCGGAACCAGAGAUCAGCAAAGAUAUUCGGUGGACCGUCGGCAAGAAGGAGGUCAGGGCGACAUAUGGCCCCAAGGGCAACAAGGUCGACGUCGAGAUAGCCUUCAACCCGCUCGUCGUCACACUUUCACGCAACGGACGCACCGAGGUCGCUCUCAACAGCCUCGGACUCAUGCACAUGGAGCACUUCCGCACCAAGGAGGAACCUCAGCCUACUCCCGAAGCUGUAGAGGGCGAAGAGAGCGCACAAACGGUGAUGGAAGUGCCGAACCCUCGUUCGUGGUUUGAGGGCGAGGAAGAAGAUGGCUAUUGGGAAGAGACUUGGAAGUCCUGGACUGACUCGAAGCCCAAAGGCCCUCAGAUGCUCUCUAUGGACAUCAGCUUCCCCAACCAUGAACACGUCUACGGUAUUCCUCAGCAUGCCACGCGCCUCUCGCUCCCAACAACUUCCGGCGAGGACUCCUACUACAACGAGCCUUACCGUCUCUGGAAUUCCGACGUUUUCGAGUACAUGGCCGACUCGACCAUGUCUCUGUACGGUUCCAUUCCUGUCAUGUACGCGCACUCGAAGGAGUCCACCGUCGGCAUCUUCAACGCCAUCGCCUCCGACACCUUCAUAGACGUCGCACACCCCAGCGCUCACUCUUCUUAUACCCACUGGAUCUCCGAGUCCGGCAUCCUAGACAUCUUUCUCCUCCCCGGACCCAAGCCCGCAGACGUGUUCAAGCAGUACACCGGCCUCACGGGCACGCAAGAGCUCCCACCGCACUGGUCCAUCGCUUAUCACCAGUGCCGCUGGAAUUACGUAAGCUCGGACGACGUGCGGACUGUGCAGCGACGCUUCGACGAGGAGAACAUCCCCGUCGACGUCUUCUGGCUCGACAUCGAGUACGCCGAGGAGCACAAGUACUUCAUCUGGGACAAGAAGAACUUUCCCGACCCCGUCGAUAUGGCCAACGACGUCUCCGCUGUCGCUCGCAAGAUGGUCGUCAUCGUCGACCCGCACCUCAAGCGCGUCCAGUCGUACCCUGUCUACAAAGAGGCACAGGAGCUCGACGUCCUCGCCAAGACCAAAGACGGCCAGAGUGAGUACGAGGGCUGGUGCUGGAGCGGCAGCAGCGCCUGGGUGGACUUCUUCAACCCUGCGAGCUGGGAGUGGUGGAAGGGCCUCUUCAAAACCUCCCAGGGCUCGUCCGACAAGUGUGCCUGGAUCGAGAGCACGACCGACGUCCACAUAUGGAAUGACAUGAACGAGCCGGCUAUCUUCAACGGGCCUGAGAUCAGCAUGCCGAGGGACAACAUCCACUAUGGCGGCUGGGAGCACCGCGACCUGCACAACCUGAACGGCAUGCUCUUCAGCAACCAAACCUCGCAGGCUGUCCGUGCCCGCACGGACCCGCCCAUGCGCCCCUUCGUCCUCACGCGCUCGUUCUUCGCCGGUUCGCAACGCUUCGGCGCGAUGUGGACUGGCGACAACCUCGGCACCUGGGAGCACAUGGCCGUCGGCAUCAAGAUGGUGCUUUCGCUCAACCUGGCCGGGUUCUCUUUCUCCGGAUCCGACGUCGGCGGCUUCUUCGGGAACCCCGAGCCCGAGAUGCUCGUGCGGUGGUACCACGUCGGCGCGUUCACGCCCUUCUUCCGCGCGCACGCGCACAUCGACACCAAGCGCCGCGAGCCGUACCUCCUCGACGAGCCCUACAAGAGCAUCGUCCGCGACAUCCUGCGCCUCCGGUACAGCAUGCUGCCGAUCUGGUACACCGCGUUCCACGAGUCGAGCGUGAACGGCAUGCCCGUCGUCAGGCCCCACUUUGUCGUCUUCCCCGAGGACGAGGCCGGGUUCGCCAUCGACGACCAGUACUUUGUCGGAAGCUCCGGGCUGCUCGUCAAGCCUGUCACCGAAAAGGGUGCCACGGAGGCUCAGGUGUACUUGGCGGAUGAUCAGGUCUACUACGACUACUUCACGAGCCACGCCUACCGCGGCGCCGCGAAAGGCAGGAACGUCACCGUGCCAGCGCCGCUCGACAGGGUGCCGCUGCUCGUCCGCGGCGGCGCGGUCCUCCCGACGCGCGAGCGCCCGCGCCGCUCGUCGCCGCUCAUGCGCCGCGACCCGUUCACGCUCACCGUCGCCCUCGACACGGCCGGCGCCGCGCGCGGCACGCUGUACCUCGACGACGGCGAGAGCUACGGGCACGCGGCGGGCGCGCUCGUCUGGCGCGAGUUCACCGCGGCGCGGCGUGGGCGCGCGACGCACGUCGCCAGCGCGGACCUCGCCGCCGCCGCCGCGGCACACGGGCAGGCGCCCACAGCGAACGCAGGCGCAGGCGCAGAUGUGGGGGUGGGCACGGGCGCGGUGGUGUACGACCCGCAGAACGCGUUCGCGGACGAGGUGCGCGCGGUGCGCGUCGAGAAGCUCGUCGUGCUCGGCCUCGAGCGGCGUCCUGGCACGGUGACGCUCGGCGGCGCGGAGCUCGAGUGGGAGUUCGUGCCCGGCGUCGCGAGCGGCGCGGGCAAGGAGGGCGCGGCGGCGCGGCUGGUCGUCAAGAACCCGGUGGCGAGCAUCGUUGGGGACUGGGAGAUUGUCAUUCAGUAGGACGGCGGCGGCCGCUGCUGCCGCCCCGAGAGCUUGCUUGCGCUCUACUCUCUUUCUGCUGCUGUUGCUGCUGCUGCGCCAUGCUGCGUCCCGCUUCUAGUGUAAGGAGUAUUAUAUAGCGGGGCUUCUCUUUUUGAUGAUAAGAGGCUGCACGCCAAGUACAACUGGAGAAGCAGGCUUGUAUAUAGAGAAGCUAUCGACAGGAUUC